CGUUGUUACCGGAAGUUGAUUCCUGCGGGAAGUUUACAUUCAUCGGGAUACAAGCAAACGAAAUUAGAUUCGGCACGCAGUCCGGCGAAACUAAGUCCGGUUAGGUCUAUAUAGAAUGUCGAGUUACACAUCAUCACCAAAACAUUUCAAUGAUUACGAUUUUGAUAAUGACGAAUUUGAUUAUAAUAGUGCUUCUGAUUUUGACGAUGACCGGGACUUAGAUGGAAAUGUGUCUGACGAAGACACAGAAGAUGCAAGUGAGACAGAGGAGAAAACCCAGACUGGCAAUCGCACAGAAAUAAAAGAGCAGAUGUACCAGGACAAGUUGGCACAGCUCAAAAAACAGUUGCAAGCAUUACAAGAGGGCACAUUGCCAGAAUACAUCAAGCGGCUUAAAAAAAUUGAUCAACAAUACAAAGAGCGACUUCGACUGAAUGAGUUGUGGCGAGACAUUGAGCUAGAGGUGGUGGAGAGAGACUAUCACAAGGAAAAGAAAGAGUCUGUAAAAGAAUUUGAGGAGAAAAAAGUUGAGCUGAAGGAAACCUUGGUCAUGGAGCUGAAGGAGAAGAAGGGGAACAUUGAGACAGAACGUCAGACAAUGGAUCUCAACAAUGGAGGUAUUUUUUCUCGUGCAGAUUUUAUGGAGAUGAAACCAAUAAUGACCAGAAAACUUAGACGACGACCAAAUGAUCCUAUGCCGAUGCCAGAGAAACGCAGAAAGCCAUCACCUGCAACUUUGAACUUCGCUCUAGACGAAGCUGAGAUUGCUGAAGAUAUGCGCAUCCUAAACAAAGUCAGUGGAAAGCCUUUAGCCAAAAAGCUCCCUCCUGUGCCUACUCCUGUUGUUGAUAUGAACUUAGAUGUGAAGAUUGAGGAUGGAAAACUCUACUAUGAUAAGCGAUGGUUUACCAGGAACCAGCCUAUUAUGCUUGAGUCUAAAGAAGGUGGCAAAGUGAUGGGUUCGAUUAUUAACAUUAGUGCACAAGAAAUACUGGUUCGUAGAGCCACAGAUAAUGGUAAAAUCAGAAUCUACAUAUCACAGCUGCAAAAAGGACGAUACAUAUUGCACCACCGUUCUUCAUGAUGAUGUGUAUUGAUGUGGAUUUGAGAAUGUGUGCUGGGGUGAAUGUUGCUUCUGGGUAUGUGUGUGAAUGUGGCUGUGCAAACAUGUGUAGAAAUCAGACAUUUUGGUUCUGGCUGAGCAGAGAGAAAUGAAGAAAAAGAAGUGGGUGGGCAGUUGGGGUGGGGGAAAAACGGACUUGUGUGAAAUUGCAACAGAAUACUUGUGGUACAUGUGCCAGUAGAAUUAUUUUUGUGCGUGGUGGACGUUUUGGAGUACAGGGCUUAAGUAACCUUACGCUAAGAAGGCACUGGCAUUAAUGUAAAUAUGUGUACAUACACAUGUUCAUUUGAAAAUGUAAUUAUUUCAAGGGCAUAAAUUUGUAAAAUGCAUGUUAGUGGUAGAAGAUCAUUCAUGCAAAACGAAGUUGAAAGAGAAAAGACAUGAAUUAAAAUGCUUUUCCUGAGA